UCCACAGAUUUUGAAGUACACAGGAAUUGGCUUGCCAUCACUCACAACUUACCCCUCUCUCAGUGGUACUAUGAAGCGACUUCAGAAUGGACCCUGGAUUAUCCCCCAUUUUUUGCUUGGUUUGAGUAUGUACUUUCACAUGUUGCCAAGUACUUUGACCCCAAGAUGUUGGUCAUCAAAAACCUCAAUUACACCAGUGACUCAGCCAUCAUCUUCCAAAGAUUCUCGGUCAUCUUUACAGAUAUCCUUUUCAUAUAUGCAGUUCGUGAAUGCUGCAGAUGUGUAAAUGGGAAACGAGCUGCAAAGGAUAUCCUGGAAAAACCAACGUUUAUUCUUGCUGUCCUGCUCUUGUGGAAUUUUGGGUUGUUAAUUGUGGAUCAUAUUCACUUUCAGUACAAUGGCUUUCUAUUUGGGCUGAUGCUUCUUUCUGUUGCCCGACUUUGUCAGAAAAGAUACUUGGAGGGUGCUCUUCUUUUUGCUGUUCUGCUGCAUUUCAAACACAUCUACAUUUAUGUUGCCCCAGCAUAUGGCAUUUACCUGCUGCGUUCCUAUUGUUUUACUGCAAAUAAUGCAGAUGGAUCCCUGAAGUGGAGAAGUUUCAGCUUCCUUCACGUAACUCUUCUGGGAUUGAUUGUCUGUCUUGUUUCUGCUCUUUCAUUGGGCCCCUUCAUAGUGUUGGGUCAGUUGCCUCAAGUCAUUUCCCGGCUUUUCCCUUUCAAGCGAGGCCUCUGCCAUGCCUAUUGGGCUCCUAACUUCUGGGCUCUGUACAAUGCCAUGGAUAAAGCACUAACAAUUUUGGGUUUAAAGUGUAACUUCCUCGAUCCCACAAAAAUUCCAAAAGCCUCCAUGACAGGAGGGCUGGUUCAAGAAUUCCAGCAUACUGUUCUCCCUUCUGUGACUCCUCUGGCAACAUUAAUCUGUACUUUCAUAUCUAUAUUGCCCUCUGUUUUCUGUCUUUGGUUUAAACCUCAAGGGCCCCGGGGCUUCCUUCAGUGCCUUGUUCUCUGCGCGUUGAGCUCCUUCAUGUUCGGCUGGCAUGUGCAUGAGAAAGCAAUCCUCCUUGCCAUUCUGCCUCUAAGCUUGUUGUCUGUUCAGAGGGCAAAGGAUGCUGGCAUCUACCUGAUCCUGGCAACCACAGGGCACUUCUCACUUUUUCCACUGCUGUUCACACUGCCAGAGCUUCCAAUUAAAAUACUGCUUAUGCUGCUGUUUACAGUUUAUAGCUUCUCUGCAUUGAAAUCUCUAUUCAGGAGAGAGAGGCCUCUCCUGAACUGGCUUGAAACGAUCUACCUCAUCCAACUAGUGCCUUUGGAAAUAUUCUGUGAAAUUAUCUUUCCUCUGACCCCCUGGAAACAGCACUUCCCUUUUGCCCCCCUGUUGCUGACCUCUGUGUACUGUGCUCUGGGCGUCACCUACACCUGGCUCAAACUCUACAUCUCUGUCUUGACCGAGCGGAUCUCAGUGAGACAAAAGGCUGAGUGA